UCCUUUUUCAAUUUUCAAUAUCAAAUCAUCUCCAUAAAUACAUACAUUACUAUAUAAGCCUUCACCAGUCACUCUUCAUAUUCCAAAAAUGCAGAAUUGAUUACAGAGAGAUUUGUAAAAGAAAAAAAAAAGGGGAGACAAAAACAGACAGAAAAGAAGAGAAAAUUUUGUUUGUUUGCUUCUUCAUUGUCUGCCAUUGUCUGUUUUCUCUGUACCCUCUCUCUGCUAUUUCUGUUAUCUGUUUAUCUUCCAUACUACUUUUUUUUCUCUCUCUCUUUCAAGCAAUUACAGAAAUCUAGUACUAAUUUUUUUGAUGACGACGAAGGAGAAAGAGAGGAAAAUGUUUGUUGGUGUUAUCUGGAAUUGUGCAGCUGAACUCAAAUUUGUCCUUACUGCUAUCCUUUUCCUUUUUUCGCUUAUUACAAUCCUUCAGUUCAUGCCCAUUCGUUUUUCUACGAAUCUGGGCGGUAGUUGUGUUUCUGUUCCAUCUAUCACCGCAUCAGCCAUCUCCACAUCAACCAUUAUCGAUUCUGUUUCUGUUUCAGUUUCAGCCAUUAACGCUUCCACUACAAUUCCUCCUUCACCUCUACCUCCACCGUCGCCUUCACUAGAUAAGGAUGAAGUGCUUGAAAAUGGAGUUAUUAAGCGUGCUUUUAACCCAUUUGGUUCUGCUGCGUAUAAUUUUAUAUUGAUGUCUGCUUAUAGAGGUGGAUUUGAUACUUUUGCUGUUAUGGGUUUAGCUUCAAAGCCACUCCAUGUUUAUGGAAAACCCAGUUAUCAGUGUGAAUGGAUCCCGAAUACGAAUGAUAAUAUGGAAAAACACAUUAAUGUUUCUGGUACCAAAAUCCUUCCAGAUUGGGGAUAUGGCAGAGUGUAUACUGUUCUAGUUAUAAAUUGCACUUUCCCAUUUCCAGUCGGAAACAAUGGUGGAAAGUUACUGAUUCACGCCACUACUAACGGCGGUGGCGAUGCUAAAUUGAACAUCACAGACACUUUUUGUGCUUUAACAGAGUCGGAGAAAGAUUUCACAAAAUUCAUUUCAACAUUCAAUAAACCACCAAAGUACGAUUUCCUCUACUGCGGUUCGUCUCUGUAUGGUAAUUUGAGUCCACAGAGAGUACGUGAAUGGCUUGCGUUUCACGUUAGAUUUUUCGGAGUGAAAUCACAUUUCGUUAUUCAUGAUGCUGGAGGUGUACACGAAGGAUUAAUGGCGGUAUUGAAGCCAUGGAUUGAGAAAGGAUAUGUUACGUUACAGGAUAUUAGAGAUCAGGAAAGGUUCAAUGGGUAUUACCACAAUCAAUUUCUCAUUGUCAAUGACUGUUUGCAUAGAUACAGAUUUCAAGCAAAAUGGAUGUUUUUCUUCGAUGUGGAUGAGUAUAUAUUUGUGCCUAAAAAGAGUACUAUUAAGUCUGUGGUUGAUUCGUUAUCGGAUUAUACACAAUUCACCAUUGAACAAAUGCCAAUGUCCAACAAGCUCUGUUUAGAAGAAGACCGUGGUAAAUCCUACAGGAAAUGGGGAUUUGAGAAGCUUGUAUACAAGGAUGUGAAGAGGGGAAUAAGGAGGGAUCGAAAAUAUGCUGUGCAACCGCGCAAUGUGAUAGCCACGGGGGUGCACAUGUCACAAAACACUGUAGGCAAGACGACCCACAAUACAGAGGGGCGGAUCAAGUAUUUUCACUAUCAUGGGACGAUAGCCGAACACAGGGAGCCAUGUAGGCAGCUGGUCAAUGCCACGACGAUCACCGUUGACCGAACCCCGUAUGAAGUAGACACAACAAUGAGAGACAUUGCUGGAACCGUGAAGAGAUUUGAGCUCAAGAUGAUUGGAUCUACACUGCAAAGAACAAGACAAUAGUGAAUGAAGUCCAUAUUUGGUAUUCUUUUUUUGAGCUUCUUUUGUGUAUGAUGAUAAAUUUCAUGGUAUUUUAAGAUAGAUUUUUUAGUAUAGAAACAACAGAGACAGGCGGUACAUCUUUUGUAUUCUUUUGCCUAUUAAUUUAUAUCAAUAACCUUUUUUUCCAA